AGGGUUCGGUCGAGGAUGAGACAAGUUGAAGGUAUAGCUGAAGACGAUUCAAAAUACGCCAACGUUAGAAGCUACAGACAUCAUCAUAACACGAUGUCAAGACUACUGCAACUUUUAGGAAUCAUUGGAAUUGCUUUUGUGCAGGUCCAGUCCACGGUGGAAUUCAACUGUUUAAGGACUAGUGAUGUUUGUGCAGCUGACACGUGUGGUGCCACGGGAGACUGUGAAUGUGUAUCUCCCAAUGGGCUGUAUAACUGUGGGACAGAUAUUGUUACCUUUGGCACAGGAUGUGCAUGCGAGGGCACUGGGUCGAUAUGCAAUUCAGGUGGUACCACGUGUGCUUGCACUGAGAAGUUCUACGGACCCAAAUGCCAGUACAAAACAUUGGAUGUGAGUUGUUCGGCAGCUGGCUCACACAUUCUGAACGUCAACGUACCGGGUACCCCAACGUGUUAUGUGAAGGGGUUUGAGAGCACCUGCAGCUUUUCUACGACUGUGCCCACCGAUGCACCAACGGGCUGGACGGGAGACUUCCUGGAAGCAUCCCUGACAGAUGCCACUAACUGUGGAUCGCCGACAGAAACAACGGAUGCCGAUGGCGUGGCAACUAAGUGCUUUACGGUGAUUUGCCGGUACGAACCCCUGUAUCUGACUGGAGUCGACUUUGAGGCCCAAUUCUGCUGCGGCGAUGAAAAGCAAACAGUUACCAGCGAGCUCUUGUCCUUGACAGAAAAUGGACUGUCUACAACAGACGUCAAUGCAGACCCUGCAGGGGCUGAUGUCGUGACAGUUGCGAUGAAGGACGGUACUGACGCCGCUAUCAUCACUGGGUCUGCAGUUGAUAUCGGUUCGACUGUUAAACUGGAAUUCACACUUGAUUCUGCCACUGAUUUUGCUGCAAUACGUGUGCUUUCGUGCAAAGCCAAAGACGGUGGAUCUAAUGAAGUUGAAUUUAUUGCAAACAGUUGUCCCACAAAGACUUUUGUUCAAGGCACCUCGCGUACAGGUGGCAGUCCAGUCAUAAUUGAGACAGAAGCUAUCAAAUUCACAGGAAGUAUCACCGUCACUUACGAGUGUUCAGUUCUUAUCUGCAGACAAAUGACCGAAUGCGCAUUGGUAACCUGUACUGAUGGAGAGUCCGGUUUCGGCCGUAAGAAGAGAGAAAUAACCGCCUCGUCUAACUCAACAGAACAAAAAACGGUUGUGACAUAUAUCAGAGUCAAGGAUCCAUUUGCAACAUCGGAGGUGAAGAGUGCUGUUCAAGACGCUGUUGCACAGAGUGGUGCCAUCAAUCUAACAGCCGCAGUAAUUGGUCUGGCUGUCGUUGUCCUCGUCCUCCUUGGAGUCUGUCUUCUCCUUGGCGUUUGUCUCAUCAACAGGCGGGCACCUGUUAAGAAUAUCCAAGGAUAACAUGUUUGACUGUUUUCUUAUGCCAGCUGUGAAUAUAUAGAAUAUACGUAUAAUAUGCGAAAUCUACCGUGAGCUGAAGCUACUUCAUAUUGGUUUCUCUGCCUGUAUAGUCACUGGUAAAGAAGGGAAUAGAACAGCAUGUUUGUUAUCUCAUUACACAUUUCUUGAAACAUUUAUAAACUCGACUGCACUUUAGAAAGUGUAAUUUUGGUUCAUCUGUCACUGUAUAAGCGUGAUACAUUUUCCGGAGAUGUAUUUGUACAAUAUUUUAAGCUAUACCUAUCAUAUAUUUUUAAUCAUUUGUUUGCUUACAAUGCAUAGGUGAUUAUCGUCAUUUAUAUUUUUAGCAUAAUGUAUUUUAAACAAAUUGUGGUCCUCAUGGGUCUGUGGAUGUACGUGAAAUGCUUGAUCAGGGAUUAAAUCAAUGGAAAUG